AUGGACCGCCUCAAGCAGAAACGAGCCGUUGUAGGGGCCUCAGUAACGAAACUCAUCACGGACGUCGACGCACUACUACGAGUUCAAAGCCCUGCAGCCGGUGAGCUUCAAACAAAACUUGACCUUUUGAAGUCCAAAGAGGAAACGCUGCAGUCAGAUGGAUCUGCAACAACACUAGUUGGCGAAAAGAUAUGCACAGCUAUAUCUCAAAUCAGUCAGAAACUGAAGGAAAUCCAAAGGACAACCCUUCGACCCGACUCUCCAACAAGAGCUGUGCUUGUCCCAGCAAUGCAACAUCAGGGUGCCACCAAAGUGAAACUUCCCAAGAUUGAGAUACCGAAAUUCAACGGAGAUCUAAUGAACUGGAUGACAUUUUGGGACCAGUUUGAGUCGACAAUUCAGAAGAAUGAAACUCUUCAUAAUAAUUACGAUGCCGCAAUUGAGAUCCUUAACCAACGCUUCAACCAGCGACAGCAGAUUGUCGACCAGCAUCUGAAUCGUUUACUCAAUCUACUGACAGUUGCCGAUCCGCGCGAUUAUGUCCAUCUUCGAGAGCUUUACGAUGAAGUUCAAGUAACAGAGCGUGACCUCCAAGCUCUGAAGGUCGAACAGAACCAGUACGGCGUCAUGGUUCUGUCGGUUCUGCGAAAAUCUGUACCGAAACAGGUGGUCCUGGACUACAAUGGGAAAUAUCAGGAAGGAACGCCAGCCGGCAAAACCGAAUUGAAUAACUUCCUUGGCUUUCUCAGAGGUGAAAUAGAAAGUCGUCAGAAGAGCGAAUACCCAGUCGAUGCACGGCUGAGCGAAUCUCGAUUGAAAGUCUCAAAGGAUAGGCGGCCCCUUAUUCGACACACGACAGAAGCACAUAAUGUGUUAUCUGCAAGAGUACAGAUCAUGACAUCGAGAGUUGUGGCAGCACACUCAGUGUCGACGAAAAAAGAGCGUCACUUACGCGAGAGGGACGCUGUUUCAAAUGUGCUAAACGAUACCACAGAUCACGUGAGUGUCGAACAGCGGCUCGAAUCAGAUGCACCCGCUAUUACGGGCACCAUCUCACGGUUCUUUGCGAAAGAGAGCUCGAGAGUAAGACCAGCGGAAACACCAACAAUACAUUUUCUGACGUACUCUCCUCAACAACGACACGCAAAUUGGAAGCAUCUCGUGUCCGGAGUCCAAUCCUUCUGCAGACCGCUCGCCUCUGGGCGGAGACGAAUUCUACUGGACGGUGGGAGCCAAAGAACAUUCAUACGAGAGUCAUUGUCUCACGAUCUACAAUGUGAACCGGUAGGGGAAAAAAACUUGUCGAUAUGUUCCUUCGGCUGCACGCCUUCAAGAAGGAAGUGUCGACGUGCAGGAGUUUGGCUUCGCAGUCAGUACAGUCGCGAGGAGAUAUCUGUAGAAGCUUUCGAGAUACCUGAAAUUUCCGCAAACCUAAUGCACGACCCCGACAGUAAACUGAUCAUAGCGCUACACGAGAAAGGGAUGCCAGUGGCCGACCUUGUCAUGUUUGACGUACGUAGCAGCGACAACAUCCACAUCCUGGUUGGUUCAGAUCUGUACUGGAGUAUUGUGACGGGCGAAUCGCAACGAAUUGAUGACAACCUCUUCGCGGUCAACACCAUCUUCGGGUGA